GAAGAAUCAAGAAGCCUUGCGCGUGCAAGUCACUUCCCAAACUUGGCUAAAAAGCUACACUUUUUAUGCAAGUCGUCGUCGUCGUCGAUCAACGGCGGUGAUAAGAUUAAGAGAAGAUCAUGCCGUCGGGAAAAUAUUACUGCGAUUACUGCGAAAAGGAGUUUCAGGACACUCAAGUCGCUAGAAAACGCCAUCUUCAGAGCAAACCUCAUCUUCGAGCUAAGGCCCUUUGGUACAGCUCUUCUUCGGAUCUUAAUCCACAAGUCUCCAAUUUUGUGCCCAAGGGUGUAUGCAAUCGCUUCGUUACCUCGAAUUUUUGUCCAUUCGGAGAUUCUUGUAGAUAUAUGCACCCCAGCAACAUUCCAGGAGACACAGGACUCACCAAUAAUACACAAACUCAUGCUGGCUUGCCUAACCAACACAUUGAAGGAGCUUUUCUAAAUCGUGAUUUCGUUAACGGGAGACAGGGAACAGGUUGGUUCGAUCUUCCGCCAUCUCUGAAACCGCCUCCUGAGCAAGGCUAUCCACAGCUUCCCUCCAUCGACUGGGGCUAGAACUACUACUCUUUCUAUAUUUUGCUCAGAUUCAACUUUGAUCUGUAAACAGAGGCGGACCCAUGCCUAAUAAUACAGGGUCAAGUACAUUUUUAAUUUUCAUGUUUAACAUUUUGUAAUAUAUCAAAACGUUAGUAUGUUUCGUUGCAUUGUAUCCACUUAAAUGCUAUUCAAGUUGUUUUGGUUA